AGCGCGCGCCGGAGCCGGCCUGGUGCGGGCGCUCUAGCCGCACAGCGCGCGGCGCUCCUGCUCCCCGGCGGACGCUCGGCCGCCCUGCAGAUAAAUGCGUCGCCUUCUUCGAGAGUGAGCGAGGGCGGGCGAGGCAGACGCAGACGCCGCCUGUGACAGUGGCAGUUCCCUGCGCCCUACAUCACAUUUGUCUGCCACAGCAGCAACAACAGAAUAGCGGAGGGAGGGAGGCGGGAGGAGCGGUGCUCCGCGAGUCUUGGGCUCUGCGUGGAGGCUGCGUCUGGCUGGCGUUCCCGACCCCGGGCUCCUCGAACCGCAGCUCGCUGUGCGUAGCGCCGAGCGACCGCAGGCGCUACGCGGCGCGACUCCGAGGCCUCGUGGCGAGCGCGCGUGGGCGAGUGGUCCCGGACACUCUGGCCUUGCGAGGGAAGAGGCGCCGUGCCCUCGCGCCCUCGCCCCGCGGGCCGGCCGAGACGACGGGAAGUUUUAUUUGCAGCUCGGAGCCGGUUGCGGAUGGUGGGACUCUCCGGCCCUGUGCAGUAAAAGAUUGAUCUCUGGGCUGGUGAACAUAAUAUCUGUCCCAGUCAGAAAAGGAGAGAGGAAAUUAGCAGAGCGAUUGGUGGAGAAUGAUAUCUGUCAAAAGAAACACUUGGAGAGCACUGAGUUUAGUAAUAGGUGACUGCCGGAAAAAAGGGAACUUUGAAUAUUGUCAAGAUCGGACUGAGAAGCACUCCACGAUGCCAGACUCACCUGUGGAUGUGAAGACCCCGUCUAGGCUGACUCCUCCCACGAUGCCACCUCCCCCAACAACUCAAGGAGCUCCCAGAACCAGUUCAUUUACACCAACAACGUUAACUAAUGGCACGAGCCAUUCACCCACAGCCUUGAAUGGCGCCCCCUCACCGCCCAAUGGCUUUAGCAAUGGGCCUUCCUCUUCUUCCUCUUCUUCUCUGGCUAAUCAACAGCUGCCCCCAGCCUGUGGCGCCAGGCAGCUUAGUAAGCUGAAACGGUUCCUCACUACCUUGCAGCAGUUUGGCAAUGACAUUUCACCGGAAAUAGGAGAGAGAGUCCGCACCCUCGUACUAGGACUGGUGAACUCUACUUUGACAAUUGAAGAAUUUCAUUCCAAACUGCAAGAAGCUACGAACUUCCCACUGCGACCUUUUGUCAUCCCAUUUUUGAAGGCCAACUUGCCUCUUCUGCAGCGUGAGCUCCUCCACUGCGCAAGGCUGGCCAAACAAAACCCUGCCCAGUACCUCGCCCAGCAUGAACAGCUGCUUCUGGAUGCCAGCACCACCUCACCUGUUGACUCCUCAGAGCUGCUUCUCGAUGUGAACGAAAACGGGAAGAGGCGAACUCCAGACAGAACCAAAGAAAAUGGCUUUGACAGAGAGCCUUUGCACUCAGAACAUCCAAGCAAGCGACCAUGCACUAUUAGCCCAGGCCAGCGGUACAGUCCAAAUAAUGGCUUAUCCUACCAGCCCAAUGGCCUGCCUCACCCCACCCCUCCUCCACCUCAGCAUUACCGUUUGGAUGAUAUGGCCAUUGCCCACCACUACAGGGACUCCUAUCGACACCCCAGCCACAGGGACCUCAGGGACAGAAACAGACCUAUGGGGUUGCAUGGCACACGUCAAGAAGAAAUGAUUGAUCACAGACUGACAGACAGAGAAUGGGCAGAGGAAUGGAAACAUCUUGACCAUCUGUUAAACUGCAUAAUGGACAUGGUAGAAAAAACAAGGCGAUCUCUCACUGUACUAAGGCGAUGUCAGGAAGCAGACCGGGAGGAAUUGAAUUACUGGAUCCGGCGGUACAGCGAUGCUGAGGACUUAAAAAAGGGCGGCAGCGGUAGCAGCAGCCACUCCAGGCAGCAGAGUCCUGUCAAUCCAGACCCAGUGGCGUUAGAUGCACAUCGGGAAUUCCUUCACAGGCCUGCUUCUGGAUAUGUGCCAGAGGAGAUCUGGAAGAAAGCUGAGGAGGCGGUCAACGAGGUGAAGCGGCAGGCGAUGACCGAGCUGCAGAAGGCCGUGUCCGAGGCAGAGCGGAAGGCGCACGAUAUGAUCACCUCGGAGCGCGCCAAGAUGGAGCGCACGGUGGCCGAGGCCAAGCGGCAGGCGGCGGAGGACGCUCUCGCUGUCAUCAACCAGCAGGAAGAUUCGAGCGAGAGUUGCUGGAAUUGUGGCCGUAAGGCGAGUGAAACCUGCAGCGGCUGUAACACAGCCCGAUACUGUGGCUCGUUUUGCCAGCACAAAGACUGGGAGAAGCACCACCACAUCUGUGGACAGACCCUGCAAGCCCAGCAGCAGGGGGAUACGCCUGCUGUCAGCUCCUCCGUCACGCCUAACAGCGGGGCUGGGAGCCCGAUGGACACACCACCAGCAGCCACCCCGAGGUCGACCACCCCGGGGACCCCUUCCACCAUAGAGACAACCCCUCGCUAGAUGUGCACUCAGAACUGUCAGAGGAAAGACAACACAACCAACGUGAAACCAAUUCCUCAUCCUCAGAUGCUCAAAGUUGUUUUUUGUUUGUUUGUUUGUUUAUAGAUGAACUAUCCUGGUUCAGUACUUCAGCAAGAGAGAACCUAACUGUAUCUUGAGGCGAUAGUAAAACAGAGGGCCAGUAACGGGUCGUAAUGACUUACUGUGGAUAACAAAGAUUUCUUUUCCUUAGAGAACUGAAAAGAGAGCAGAAAAUAUAACAAGAAAUGAUAGAUUUGACCUCCUCCUUGUUAUUUUCCAGUAGCUGGGAUUUUAAACUAGAUGACCUCAUUAACCGAUGCUUUACCAAACAGCAAACCAAGAGAUUGCUAAUUGCUGUUGAAAGCAAAAAUGCUAACAUUAAAAGUCACAAUGUUCUUUAUACACAGUAAUGGGAAAAAAAGAGGAAAACCCUCAAGGGCAUGAGCAUUGGCUACAGCAGUAGACAUUUUAACAAGAAGAUGAAUGGCGUCCGUGGGUUGCUAACUGAACUUUGAAGACCCGCCACAAAACGCACAGAUGUGUAGCAUAUUGGAAGGAGACACAGAUGUUCGGUUUUUUUCCUGUUUCUGAAAAGAAAUAAUAUCCAGGUCAACAGAAGGAAAAAUGAAAGAUGAUUUGCAGUGGGAUAUGUGAAUACAGCAGCAAGAAAAAAAUGCCAUAACACAGAAGGCUCCUUUAUAUAUAUAUACACACACACACAGAAGUAAGAGACUCAGCCUGCAGUUAUUAGCAUCCUGGCAGCUUUGACACCAGCCAGCUGCCCUAAACAGCCCUCAACGUUUCUUCACUUUUGCAAGGUUCCACAGAGCAAGACAUUGGGUCUAUUCCAGCUCAUUCAUUUUAUAUUGAAAAAUAAUUUUUAAAAAAUGAUGGCUCCAGCUCCAGCCCCUUUCUAAAUUUUUUCAACCCCACCCUGUUUGGAUUUUUGAUUAAAAACUAGUAGUUCUCUUGGUGUUAAAACACUUCUGUCCUGUGAGGUUUCCCAAUGGUGUUUUUCUUGUAAACGUGCUGGACGACUGUGAAGACGCGUUGUAGUUUAACCACGUGCCCACAUUUAGUCUCUUUAUUCCUAGUUGGUGAGAAACCUGUAUCUUUCUAU